AUGGCGUGGCUAGGUGAAGAUGAUAUGGGCUAUACAUCGCCAGCGGUGCCAAGACGAGACGUGAAAUGGUACUUAUUGGAAGACACCGAUAAUCGAGUGAAAUGGUUCACGGGUAUUUUGGUAGUAGUAUCAGUAGGAAUGUUGAUAGCAGGAAGUGUGAUGUUAGGAAUUGGAAUUUCGAAAAACAACAGUAAUCCUCCACCACCAGUAAAUUUGAAUGCAAGCGGGUACACAAUGUUCCUAAAUGUUCGGACUAAAGAUCUACCGUACUCCGCAGUGCUCAACGAUUAUAGUGGGAGCGUGAAAAAUCUCACCGAACAGAUGCGACAAGCGAUAUCUCCUUCAAGGGCCUCUGAAUUCACGGUUCAACCAGAUGUUCCUAUAACAAUUUUGGGUAUCUCGAAUGCUGGUCAAUGGGCCGAUGUGAUGUACGCUUUGUCGUAUAUUGAAUCUACAAAGCCUUCUAUAUCGGAUAUUCAGAAGCAGGUCACCAAUUCUGAAGCAUUUUCGAUGAUUUCGGCAAUAGAUCAAACUCCUCCAGCUCUGACUCAAAUGACAUGUGCCUCUGUAGCGGAUGCAAUGCUGACUACAGUGUCUCCAGCAGUCCCAACUAGCACGCCUGCUCCGAAUACCUCGCCAAAAGGAAGUACUGCAGCGUCGAGCUCAUUUGGAACAGUAGCACCUGCUACUGGAUCUACAGUAACCCAGCCAACAGUAACUACCACUACGAAACCUGCUCCGGUUACCAUUACCACUGUCACAACGCCACCAGUGACUAGACCAACAGAACUCGCGAGAACUACAACAACUCCAUUUGUAAAAACACCAUUCAGUAUGGAUGUUAUAAUUCUCCUAGAUGACUCGAAAGCGAUGCAAACUGCCAAGAAUUUCAAUCAGGUGAAGUCCUGGUUAGACAGUACUCUUCUUCCGCUGUGGUUGAUUGAUAGGGAAGAUGUACAAGUUGCAUUCGCCACUUAUGCAGAUACUGAAUUCAACACGCUUCUCGAUUUCGACGAAGCUAAUGAGAAAGAGGUCACGGAUGUGAUUUCAGCUCAAAUGUACUCUGGGAAAUUCAACUCGAGUAUUACAAACGGUAUUCGAGCUGCGGGCGAUAUUCAUGGAUUGCGUCCGGUUAAUCAGACUGUGAUUUUGAUCUCUGCCUCUGAAGACCUCACCGAUAUUGAAUCCGCUACGCAGUAUGCCUAUAUCCUUAACACUCUUCCCAAACAACUAAUUACUAUCACUUUGAACUCUGCAACUAGUGGGAAGCAACUUGGACUACUCUCUACCAAUCAGAAUCACUAUUUUGGAGUAGCAGAUUUUAAUCUGACUUCUGACAUUGCUCAGCAGCUCACACAAGUCAUGUUUGGGUCAUUGACACCGUCUACUGUCUUACCGCCAACACCCACUCCAUCUGCCAUCCCAGAUAACGCUUGCAAAACUGAUGUCACAAUUCUCGUAGACAACACUAACGAUGUCGGAAGUAUUGAUGAGUUCCAGAAUCAAGUACGAACCAUUUCCAAGCUCAUCAAGACCUGGCCAAUUUCUCCAGAGGUCAUGGAAGGAGAAGCUGUUGUUUUUGGAACGAAAGAAGGCGGUCAAAUCAUAGAAAACGCGUUCAAAUACCAAACAGCAUCUGCAUUUGCAAAAGAAGUUAUGGCGUUUGAUGAUCUAUACUUUCCGAAUUCCUCUCCAAGUUUGACCGCUUCGUUACAGUAUCUAGCACAGAAUUUGGGAAUAGAAGAGCGGAUCGCCAGCAGGCCACAUUGGUGUUCACUUAUUCAAGGAAAUGUGAUUUAUGUGAAAAACAUGACCACUGACAUCAUUGACCAGGUGAAUAGUCUUCUCUGCUCUCCAUCCACAAGAGCUCCAUUGAUCACCAUUCCAACCACAGUUACCAAUAAGCCAACUAUAACUACAGUUGUUUCUACUCAGCCACCUUCAACAACCCAGCCACCGCCAACCACGCCAAAACCCGACUUCUGUCCUGACUGCUAUCCGAAAACGUCAAACAUUUUGAUUAUGUUCGAAGCUUCAGGAGUAACGCUCACAAGCCAGAAAAAACUAGUGGACACUGACUUGAUUACGAAUUGGACUCAUUUCGAGCGAACUUCAGUGAUGGGAUUUGCUACAAAUAAAAAAUUCGUAGACCCACUUCCUUUCAAUGGUGUUGAGAACAAAGAUGAUUUUGUGAGCAUUGUGGAUAAUGCUAUAAUUGACUUAGCAGUAAAACCAACCAUUGUUGCAGCAUUCACUAUGGCUACAAACCAAGCGAACCCACUUCAGAGUUUUGGAAGAAUGAAUACAGUGAUUUUCACGAGUGGAGCCACUGACGACGAAAUCAAUUCGUCCGUCGCCAUGUCUUCUAUGCUUCGAUAUAACGGAAAAGUGAUUCUAGUCGGACUGAAAUUAACCGAUACUACUGGUUUGAACUCUCUAUGUGAUGUUCUGAUCAAUUGGGAGGAUUUUACCAGUACGGCAACAGUUGCCGCCCAAAUCAACCAAGCCUUGAAUAGUUGA